CGAAGCUUGUGGGAAAUUAUGCAGUGUGCGCUUUCUUUUUUGUAAUAAAAGGAAAGAAUAUCGUUAACUUGUCCUCUCUCUCUGAAUAGACAUUUGGAAACGCAUCAUGAAGUUUUUAGUGCUGUUUGUCCUCGUUGCUGGAGCUUUCGCCUCCGCUGAGGAUUGUCCUCUUAACUCUCACUAUGAAGAGUGCGGCACCGCCUGCCCUCUUACCUGUGACAACUACGAAAACCCUCCUAGAGCGUGCGUCCUGAUGUGCGUUUCUGGUUGCUUCUGCGAUGAAGGAUACGUCAAGACCGAAGAUGGCAAAUGCGUGAAGCCCGAACGAUGCGCCGCUGAAAAAAAGAACUGUGUUGACAAGCCUGAAACCGGUAUGUGCCGAGGUUACUUCCCCAUGUGGUACUACGAUGAAGAUGCAAGAGAUUGCAAGCAAUUCAUCUAUGGCGGUUGCCAGGGCAACGGAAACCGAUACGUUACAAAGGAGCAAUGCUUAAAGAAAUGCGCCAGCAUCUUCAAAGCUGACUCUGACAGGUGCUCCCUGCCAGCCGAAACCGGAUUGUGCAGAGGCUACUUCCCCAGAUAUUAUUUCGACAAAGAAGCCGGUCAGUGCAAGAAGUUCGUCUACGGCGGAUGCGGUGGCAACGAAAACAACUUCGCGACUGAAGAGGAAUGCGAAAGCGAAUGCGGAAACCGAGCCGCUCAAGUCUGCGGCGAGAAUGAACGUUACAAUGGAUGCGGAACUGCCUGCCCCUUGACUUGCGAGAACUACGACAACCCACCCAAAUUCUGCAACCUCAUGUGCAAGAUCGGAUGCGAAUGCGAGAAUGGAUUCGUCCGACGUGCCGACGGAAAAUGCGUCAGGCCCGAUCAAUGCCCAAACAGACAGGCCGCUCUUGACCGCCCAGACUGCGACAAAGCUCCCGAAACCGGAGUAUGCAGAGCCUACAUGCCCCGAUACUACUAUGACCAGCAAGCCGGCCAGUGUCUGAAGUUCAUUUACGGAGGAUGCGGAGGAAACAGGAACAACUUCGAAACUGAAGAGGAGUGCUACAACAAAUGUGGAGCUCUCCAAUCCUUUUCCCGGGAAAUCUGCAACCUCGAGGCUGAAGUGGGUCCAUGCAAGGCCGCUUUCCGACGAUUCUUCUUCAACAGGAAGACCGGACAAUGCGAGCGGUUCAUCUAUGGUGGGUGCCAAGGAAACGAGAACAACUUCGAAACCCAGCGGGAAUGCGAGAACCGCUGCCUCGUCUAAGAAGCCGAUGACAUCCGAAGAGCAGUGAUGCAACCAACUUCAACUUGUUGCAUUCCAUUUGGACAUACGAUGAAGAUAUGAUCUUUUGUACUUAAUUGUUAAAUAAAAGACUUUUUUCAUCCUUUACAA